AUGCUCCCGAUGCCUGCCGGAGUGCACGCGAUGCCCAAGUUCGGCUGCUGCUCUCAGGGGUUCGUCUUUUCACAGGCCCGCAUCGGAGAUUUGGUAUCCUGGUACGAGUCUAAGAGAAUUGGGUACGUCGACAUGCUUACGGAAAGCUACUCUGAUGAGAACAAAGAGAUACGUUGGGCAUUGACUCCUAGUGUACUGCAGCAUGUUGGGAGCAAGAGUUCGAAGAAGAAUUUGCCGGGGGAACACAAACACCGACUGACGGGUUACGAAACAAACUGGAAUUUCAUGUUUGAAGAGAAUGAUAUUGAGCAGUUACGCUGGGAACAUAAACAGCAGACUGAAGCAGAGGUAUAA